CUGAAACUGUAUUUAACAGUCAGUGUUUGAAACACACAGUAUUCAGCCAUAAUGGAGCUCAGCACAGUUCUCUCACUUGUUCUGGUCCUGUUGGGCUACCUAUGGUGGAAGAUGUCUCGGCCAAAGUCCUUCCCUCCAGGUCCCCUGGCUCUGCCCCUCUUUGGAAACAUCUUGCAGAUGGAUUUUUCUAAUCCCCUUAAAGAUAUGAAGGAGGUGAGUGUUGUUAACUGUUAAUGUUAUCUGAACGUAGAUGGUGUAUGAGUGCAAAUCUGAGUAUAAGUUAAAUAUUGCAAUAUGUUCUAUGUGAGUUAGGUAACAACCUACCCUUCUCUUUAAUGCAUCAGAGGUGAAGCAUUGAAAAUGUAAGAAAUUUACCUUUAAGAAAUUUACAUCACACUGUGCUCUGGUCUCUGUGCUGCCACUCCAUAUCCCUGGCUGAGAUAAUCAAUAUUGAUAACCUUAGCCAAUCCAAUGCUUUCACAUAGGGAAGCAUUGGGAGGCUAGUGCACAUGCGCAGGAAAUGCUAGAAUGUGGCAAUCAAAGGCUCUUUAUGAGAGUCAUUUGAUCUAUGCCUGGGUUUAAAUGAGGCAUAUUAACCCUGCAAUGAAAAUGUUGUCGCUACUGCAAAACUGCAGUGAUUUGAGUUAAAAAUACAGUGGCACUGUACCUAGAUCUCUGUGCCUAUAGUGCCCCUAUACAAACUUGAAAGGCUCAGCAAAUCCUGUGGUGCUACACUAGCACUCAGCAGGAGCAGGCCCGGACUGGCCAUCGGGCAUACCGGGCAAAUGCCCGGUGGGCAUGAUGGCCAUGGGCCGAAGCAGACAGGGGAGAUCACAGGAUCUCUCCUGUUGGCCCAUGCAGAGCCGGCAAUAUCGACCUAUUUACACAAUACCACACCACAAUCAGCUUACUCUACACACACACAAUCCCACAAGCAGGCUCCAAAUACAUGCACCAUACGCUUUCCUGGCCCUUGUGUCCUCUGGUAUCCCACUUAUGGAGACACCAGACACAAGUUAAAAGCAAACACAGCACAAGCAUGUUAUUACAUUUCUCGUGCUAGAGCUCUUCAGCGGGGCUCUGCGCAUUGAACCAACAUGCUCACUUUGAGAGGAGGGCGUGCUUGUCAUUAGUGAUGACAAAACACACCCUCUCUGGUCCUGCCCUCAUCUUAGGGGGGCGCUGUGAUUGAAAAAUGCCCAGGCUGAAUUUUUUUCCCAAUCCGGUCAUGAGCAGGAGAGAAACAGGUAAGAUGUCAAUCUGCAAAAUCAACUUGUCAUCUUACCAUGGGAUGGCACAGCACCAGGUUAUUCCUUCCACCAUAACCACAUCAGAGUGCUGUGCUGGUUAUGGAUUUUUGGAAUGCCCCUUUAAUUUGGUUCUUUAAUUUUUUUAAAGGUUCACUUUUUUACUAGUUCUUUAAAUUCUUUUAAGGCUCACUUUAUUCACUAUCUGUUAAAUUAAACUGUAUAGGCAAUAUAACAACAACUUAUUAGACAUUAAAGUGGUUAUGUUGCUCUCGCUUUCUUACCUAAAGGGAUUAAACUGUUCGUGAUUGGUUUCACCCCAAAGGUUGCUCUCCGGUACCAUAUCUCCCUGCCCCCCAGCGGCAUCUGGUUUGUCCAAUGCAGUUUGAAUGCUGCCAGGCAGUGGUGCCGCUGUUUGACUUAAGCCAAUUUGUAUUUUUCCAUUCAUAAAUAAAGUACAUGGGUUUGCGCUGCAGUAGCAGAUUUUCUCAUAGAAAAACAUUUUGGACCUGCAGCGACGCUAAGCUCUGCCAAUCUAUUUGGUGUUCAGAAAUAUUAUACGGUGCACGAUGACGACAAAUGUAAAAACAUUCAAAAAUGUAAGUUCCUAAGGAGGAAGUGUCCCUAAUGGCUGUGUGUAUAUGCCUGAUAUCCACUAGAGUGGUGUUCUUGAGCAAAUGUAAACAUUGCUGUUUGUCAGAAAAGGCAGUGAUUUAAAUUGUCCAAGUAAAGGAAAGGAUAUGUGUACCAAAACCAUGACAUUAAGAUGUAGUAGUUUUGAUGCUACCACAUGUCCCCUUAAUCUCCUUUACUGUAGUUUAUAUUUAUAUCUUUAUGGACCACAAGUUCUUUUGAUUCCUAACCAUUACAUAUGAGUUUACAUACUGUUUGUAAAAUUGAAUCUCGUAAUGUGUGAAAUGCUACAUAUUUCCUCUCUAAAUCCGAUUUCUAUCUUUCAACCAGUUUUCUAAGGUGUACGGUCCUGUGUACAGUAUUUAUCUGGGUUCAACGCCAGCUGUAGUUGUUAGAGGUCUUAAAGCCAUUAAAGAUGUCCUGGUUGUGAGAGGUCAUGAGUUUGCAGAUAGACCUCAGAACAGAAUAACACGUGUAGUGUCUGGGGAAAAAGGUACGGUUUUGGGGAAAAUUGCUUUUUUUUUUCUUACCUCUCUUUCCAGUGUGAGACUUUGAGGCUUUGUGUGUUAAAUUAUAUUUAUAUUUUAGUGUAUUAGAGCUUUUGCACAUUAAGCAAUUAACUUAUCCAAGAUAAAAUGGUGAAGGUUAAAGGGACACUCCAGGCACCCAGACCACUUCUGCCCAAUUGGAGUGGUCUGGGUGCCAAUUCCCACUACCCUUAACCCUGCAACUGUAAUUAUUGCAGUUUUCAUAAACUGCAAUAAUUACCUUGCAGGGUUAACUCCUUCUCUAGGGCACUUCCGUGUCUAUAGCACAGGUUUUCUGUGCUAGAGCGUCGCUGGACGUCCUCACGCUGUGUGAGGACCUCCAGUGUCGCUCAAUUCCCCAUAGGAAUAUGGAGAGCUCUACAGGGAGUGCAGAAUUAUUAGGCAAGUUGUAUUUUUGAGGAUUAAUUUUAUUAUUGAACAACAACCAUGUUCUCAAUGAACCCAAAAAACUCAUUAAUAUCAAAGCUGAAUAUUUUUGGAAGUAGUUUUUAGUUUGUUUUUAGUUUUAGCUAUGUUAGGGGGAUAUCUGUGUGUGCAGGUGACUAUUACUGUGCAUAAUUAUUAGGCAACUUAACAAAAAACAAAUAUAUACCCAUUUCAAUUAUUUAUUAUUACCAGUGAAACCAAUAUAACAUCUCAACAUUCACAAAUAUACAUUUCUGACAUUCAAAAACAAAACAAAAACAAAUCAGUGACCAAUAUAGCCACCUUUCUUUGCAAGGACACUCAAAAGCCUGCCAUCCAUGGAUUCUGUCAGUGUUUUGAUCUGUUCACCAUCAACAUUGCGUGCAGCAGCAACCACAGCCUCCCAGACACUGUUCAGAGAGGUGUACUGUUUUCCCUCCUUGUAAAUCUCACAUUUGAUGAUGGACCACAGGUUCUCAAUGGGGUUCAGAUCAGGUGAACAAGGAGGCCAUGUCAUUAGAUUUUCUUCUUUUAUACCCUUUCUUGCCAGCCACGCUGUGGAGUACUUGGACGCGUGUGAUGGAGCAUUGUCCUGCAUGAAAAUCAUGUUUUUCUUGAAGGAUGCAGACUUCUUCCUGUAGCACUGCUUGAAGAAGGUGUCUUCCAGGAACUGGCAGUAGGACUGGGAGUUGAGCUUGACUCCAUCCUCAACCCGAAAAGGCCCCACAAGCUCAUCUUUGAUGAUACCAGCCCAAACCAGUACUCCACCUCCACCUUGCUGGCGUCUGAGUCGGACUGGAGCUCUCUGCCCUUUACCAAUCCAGCCACGGGCCCAUCCAUCUGGCCCAUCAAGACUCACUCUCAUUUCAUCAGUCCAUAAAACCUUAGAAAAAUCAGUCUUGAGAUAUUUCUUGGCCCAGUCUUGGCGUUUCAGCUUGUGUGUCUUGUUCAGUGGUGGUCGUCUUUCAGCCUUUCUUACCUUGGCCAUGUCUCUGAGUAUUGCACACCUUGUGCUUUUGGGCACUCCAGUGAUGUUGCAGCUCUGAAAUAUGGCCAAACUGGUGGCAAGUGGCAUCGUGGCAGCUGCACGCUUGACUUUUCUCAGUUCAUGGGCAGUUAUUUUGCGCCUUGGUUUUUCCACACGCUUCUUGCGACCCUGUUGACUAUUUUGAAUGAAACGCUUGAUUGUUCGAUGAUCACGCUUCAGAAGCUUUGCAAUUUUAAGAGUGCUGCAUCCCUCUGCAAGAUAUCUCACUAUUUUUGACUUUUCUGAGCCUGUCAAGUCCUUCUUUUGACCCAUUUUGCCAAAGGAAAGGAAGUUGCCUAAUAAUUAUGCACACCUGAUAUAGGGUGUUGAUGUCAUUAGACCACACCCCUUCUCAUUACAGAGAUGCACAUCACCUUAUAUGCUUAAUUGGUAGUAGGCUUUCGAGCCUAUACAGCUUGGAGUAAGACAACAUGCAUAAAGAGGAUGAUGUGGUCAAAAUACUAAUUUGCCUAAUAAUUCUGCACUCCCUGUAAUGCGCAUGUGCUGCAUUGCCGUGCAUGUGCAUUAGGUCUCUUCAGCCGGCGGGUGGGAUCAAACUCCCCCGCCGGCUGACGUAAUGAAUGGGAGGAGCGGCGGCGACCCGAAACCACCGGCGAGGGACAAUGGCGGGGGUCUCAGGUAAGUUACUGAAGGGGUUUUCACCCCUUCAGCAACAUGGGAUGGGUGGUGGGAGGGAGAGGGGGCCUGCAGUGCCAGGAAAUAUUGUUUUCCUGGCACUGGAGAGUCCCUUUAAAGUCACUCUAAACAGCACUGAUAUAAAUGGCAAAUGGCAGUAUUGUAUAUACAACAGGCUGGGGUGUGGGGUUAUUGAUAUAGUGAUUUUUUUUUAUCUAUUUACAUUUUUCUGCAGUUAUAAUGAAUUACAGACAGGGAUGCCUAGCACAUUAACGUAUAUAAGAAACAUCAAUUUUGUGGUCUUAGAAAAGCCCUUUUAAAAAGAAAAUAUAUUUCAAUAUGUUGUAAAUGCAUACAGCUUGGUGAGAUCUACUGAUCAAGCCACCUCAGGCUUGUUUGGUUCAAAAACAUUUUAAAGAACACUAUAGUGUCAGGGAUACAAACAUGUAUUGUUGACACAAUAGCUGUAAAAACCUAGUUAAGGUGUCCAGCCACCUUUGCUCUCUUUGAAAUGUUUUUUUACUGACCUUUUUUUCCACGGUCUCGUCGUGGCUGGCAGCACUCUGCCUACUCUAAAUUUGAUGAUCUCAGUCAAUCCAAUGCUUUCCCAAGCUAUUGAACAUGCGUGGCAAAACACUGCACUGCACCGAUCAGCAUCUCCUAGUACAAAUGCUGCUGUACACAGUCAGCACCUCUGGUGGCCGUCUGAGUGGCUGCUACUAGAAAUGUUAUUAGGCAGUAAUGUAAGCCCUGCUUUUACUCUGGAAAGGCAGUGUUUACAUUAAAAAGCAUGUAGUGACAUACUAUACACACCAGAAGAACUACAUUAAAGGGACCCUAUAAGCAUCAAAACCACUUCAGUUUAUUGAAGUGGUCUGGGUACAGUGUCCGUAUUGCACUUAGUCCUGCAAUGUAAAACAUAGCAGUUUUAGAGCAACUGCAAUGUUUACAUUGCAGCACUAAGACUGAAACUAUUGGCUGUCUACCUAGAGAGCUUCAGGGAAUUUACCAGACUUUGGGGUGCCUAACUGGCGCUGGACGUCCUCACGCUCUGUGUGAGGACAUCCAGCGUCAGUGAUAUUCCCAAAGGAAAGCAUUGAGUUAAUGCUUUCCUAGGGGGGAGGCCUAAUGCACCCGCCGCACAUUCACAUUAGGUCCACCCAUCUGCUGACUUUGGAGGAGGUGGAGAAAACCCAGCAUCAAGGGACAUCAGCGCUGGAAUUGGAUAGUAAAUAAAGGUGUGUUUUUUUAACCCUUUAUGUAUGGGGGGGGAGAGCAAGGGAGGACCAGAGGGCACUAUAGUGUUAGGCAUACAUAUCUGUAUUCCUAGUAUUAUAGAAUUCCAUUAAGCUGUAGUUGUUCUUGUGACUAUAGUGUCCCUUUAAAAAUAGACAGUACUUUAUGCUCCUUAUAAUUUUUGCUUUUAAUGUUGCUAUAAUUGGGAUACAGCUGAUUGGUAGAGGAAAUAUCACAGUUGCAAAGCCUCGGGAUUAGUUGGGAUUGAUCUAUGCACUGCUUAAUCUUCUUGGUUUGAUUCGGUUUUCUUUCUCCAGGUAUGGUUGUGGCUCCUUACGGCCGGGCAUGGAAAGAACACAGACGCUUCACCAUGUCCACACUACGGGAUUUUGGUCUUGGUAAAAAUUCCAUGGAGGAGAGGAUUACUGAGGAGUGUGUGUAUUUAAUCCAGGACUUCAAAAAGAACAAAGGUAAGCAUCAAUUUUUCAACGCUUUGGAAUGCUUUUGUCCAGAGUCUCUCAUUUCCGAGAAGAUAGAAAUAUCUUCAACUCUUUCGCUUUCCCACAUACUAGAGCAGAGUUGGUUAAAAGAAGAAUCCUCAGAUGUUGUAGAAGUGCAACCCUCAUGCUGAUUUUCCAGCCUUUUGAGAGAUUUGGUCCCCAUCAGAAACUGAAUAUCACAGAGGCUUCAUUUCAGUUUCUGUCUACGUAUGUCUAUGCUUUUUAACUGCCCUUUUACAUCAAAAAUAAAUUAAUCAACACCGUGCAAGAAAACUGAAAAUACCUAUUCAAGUACCACAAAUUUUUAUUAGAGAGCGAUAUUUGGUAAUACUAUCCAACCACAAUAUACAUUUACGCAGUUGAAAUGUCUUGCACUGUACGCCCUAAUAUAGUUUACACAGUGUUCUCUAAGUAAAAAAUAAAAAGCUUUGCUGGAUGCUUGUAUCCUUACUAUUUAGAUUGCUUAUAACAUUUUAUCUCUACUAGUUAUUACGUAAACCUUGGUGCUAAAUAUAGUAAACCAAGUACAUUUUAGUCUUUACUCAAAGUGCUCUUGCAAGGAUUAAAAAAACACUAGUCUGCACAACUCAAACUCUUUUGCACCCAUAACCUUUUUAACUGUAUUCCAGGCUUGGGGAUCCAUUCCAUUAUGCUAUUGUGUGAUACCCAUAAUUCAUGUUUUUCAGAUGACUUGUAUGACCCACAAAGUGUAAUUAAUAAUGCUGUAUCCAACAUCAUUUGUUCCAUUGUGUUUGGAAGACGUUAUGAGUAUGAUGACACCACAUUCUCACAAAUUCUUACUCUUGUCAAUGAGCACAUGAAGAUGACAGCAGGUUUUUGGGCCCAGGUAUGUAGCAUUUUAGCUGUUCUGGAGUGUCAAGAGUCUGGGAUUUAGCAGCAACAGUUAAAGAAUCAGAGCUUAAAAUAGAGCAAUUCAAAAACAGCAAUUCAAGCUCAAUGAGUAAAUUAAAUUGCAUAUUCUAUAAUUUAAAUGGCCAUGCUGUUUUGCUCCCACAAUGUAAAAUAUUGCUGUUUCGGAGAUAUGGCAAUGUUUUAAUUGCAGGCCUAACAGGUGCUUUAUUUUCCAGAACUGAGUCUUACUCAGUUCUUCACCUCCAACAUACUUACCCAUUGCAUGAUGACACAGAAUGUCCUCAUAGAAAAGCACUGGAUUCAAAGCUUCUGUUUGAGAAGCAUUUGAUUGGUACAUCAUGGCAAGCGUGGUCAUCAAGCAUGAUGACCUCAACAGAGGUAGUUCAGGCUGCAGAAAAGAAGCUGUCUUGGUGCUGAAUUGCAGGUAACAUAAUUCAUUUUUUGAGAUUUGAUAAAUUCUUUAUUUUUUUCUUUCAAAAAGACAUAGGCAUAAUAUCAUAUUUAUGCACAUUGCAUAUAACCUGAAGUAGGGAUACAGAAAAUAAAAAAGGGUGAGGGGCAAAUAAUAGUUAGUGUGCACAAUAUAUCAUAUUCACAUAGCAUCGUUAGUUAGCAAGAUGGUGUAUGUAGUUUAGUAGCAGGAGUACACAUGAGUAACCUACAUAACAAUCAUUCCCAGUGUGUCGUAUAAGGGUGGUGUCUCGUUAUCUGUGCCUGGCCAUCAUUGGCUGCCACUAAAGAGGGGAAUUGCGAAGGGAAGUGGUGGGGUUCUUCUUAUCUAUAUGUCUCUCCUUCUUCUCCCCCCUUUCUGUUGGCCUGUAUUCUGAUCUUGUGUUCAAAGCCGUCUGGCUCUGAUUUUGUUUGUUUUAUUACUGGUGUUGGAGAUAUGUCAACCAUGGUAGACAGUUUUUGUUAAAGACCUUUUGUUGGUCAAUUGAAGCAACCAAUAUUUUUUCGUAUAAAUAAUAUUGGUUGAUCUUAUUUUUCUUUUUUCUUUUUAAAUAAUCUUUAUUAAGUCUUUUCCUUUUAGAUACAUAUCACAAAACGUAUAAAAAUAAUAUUACAUAAAUACAAGCGGACAUAACAGAAAAAUAAAAAAAAUUAAAUAUACAUUUACAACAACAGUUCAUGGCAAACAUUGUAAAUCCAGAAGCCUUACAAGUCGACUAUAGAAAAUAUACAUAUACCAGCUAGGACUGGUGUUGCAAGAAUCUGAACUAUGGUCAGUCAAAGAAAAUCAAUUAAGCAUCAUUAUGUUAAAAUUAAACUAUCACCCGGGAAGUUCUAUCAUCCAGCAUUUGAAUCCAUUUAAUAUAUUGGUCUUAUCUAUUUAGAGAAUGUAUGGAAGGAACCAGUAGAUCUUUUUUCCAUGCGAAACUGAAAUAAAAGUUGAGAUAUUAGCUGUCUCCUCUUAAAAGGAAGAUGCGACUUCCAUUGUCUUGCUAUUAAUAUCUUGGUAGCAAAGAAACAAUGUGUAACCAGGCACUUAGAUGGGAUAGAAGAUAUAUUCCAUUUUAAAUGUAACAGCGCUGUGUCAGGACCUUUAUUAAUUGUAAUACUGAAUAUAGAUUUAAGAAUUCCAAAAGACCACUCCCAUAAACAUUUUUUUUGGUGGCAGUGCCACCAUAUAUGGAUAAGGGAUGCGUCCAGGCAACCACAUUGCCAGCAAUGAGGAUUUUGGCCCGGGUACAUCCUACUAAUCCUACAUGGGGUCAAAUACCAUUUAUACAUAAGCUCAUAUUGACAUUCUAUUAAAUUCAAACAGUGAAUAUAUUUACGGGUAUUCUUAAAAGUAGAACGCCAUUCACUGGCAGUAAUGUUGAUAUCUAACUCGAUUUUCCAUUUAUGAAUUAUAUUUGAAGGUUGUUGAUCAAAAAUAAUUAACAUGUUAGUAGCCUUAUAGAGAAUUUUUUUAACCUUAGUAUGGCUAAAAAUGCAUUGAAUGAGAAUAUCAAUUUUUGGGGGGACUUUCAUUAAAGCCAUAUUCAAAAAAAUUUAGAUUCUCAGUUCCUUAUUAGGGAGAUUCAAUUUAGAUUUAAUAUUAGCAAAAGGUAAAAUUUGGUCAUCUUGGAGGAUAUCUUUAAUAGUCCAUUGAAAUUUGGACCAGUUUUUUAAAGAAAUGUCUUUUAUAUUAUCCUCGAGACGGGCCAAGUGACAAGUUUUGGCUAUUUUAUUUGAGAUUUUUUUAUUUAUUUUUCAAUAUUUCCCAUGCUCUAAUAGUUUGUAAUAGAACUAGUGAUUUACUAUUUAACUCAUCUGUCAUACUUUUUGCUAUUAAGCCAUAAAUAUACUUCUAAUCUGUCCUUUCCAACAGAUUCAGAUUCAAUUAUAUACCAUGUAUCACUUUUAGACGAUUCGACCUGGAGUCUAUAUUUAUGCCCAAUAAUGUUGGCAUAGUAACAGUUUCUUAUAUUUGAGUAAUUUAAACCCCCUUGAUGGUAUUUCAUGGAAAGAACUUUAGAGCUUAUUCUUGUUUUGUUUUUUUGAUUUCCAGAUAAAGGUUUGGAAACUAGAUUGUAUCAUAGUUAGCCAACUGUCUGGCAUUUGAAGAGGUAUCAUCCUAACUAGAUAUAACCACUUAGGAAUGAUAUAUGCAUUGAUAAUGUUGAUUCUACCAGACCAGGAGGGCUCUAUCAGGCACCAUUCUUUUAGUUUGAUAUUUGUAUAUUUCCAGAGGUUCAAAAUAUUUGUUUCCAUAAUAUUAUCUACCUGAGUUGAAAUUAUGACCCCCAAAUAAUUAAAGACAUCCUUAGACCAUACAAAAUCAUACUUAUCUCCUAAAUUACAGAGGGUGAAAUUGUCAACCUUAGUAGUUACAACAAUUGAUUUAGUUACAUUGAGUUUAUAAUUGGAUACUUUAGAAUAACUUUUUAUCUCAGAUAAAACUUGGGAUAUAGAAAUUGCUGGAGAAGUAAGUGUUUAUAAUAUGUCGUCAGCAUAAAGUGAUAUUUUUGCUUCUGGCUUAUUAGUAGGAAAUCCCUUAAUAUAAUGGUUUGAUCUGAUAUUAAUUGCUAAUGGUUCAAGAGUUAAAAUAUAAAGGAAAGGGGAUGAAGGGCAUCCCUGCCGUGUACCAUUUUUAAAAUUAAUUCAGUUUAAUAAGAUAUUAACGCCAACAGUCCUCGCUGUCGGUUCGGAAUACAGAGCCAUAAUGGCAUCGUGAAUCCAGCCCACAAAUCCAAAAGAAGUCAGUACAGCAUCUAGGAAACCCCAGCUGACCCUGUCAAAUGCUUUUUCGGCAUCUAAAGACAGGGUCAGUAAUGGGAUCUUCCGUCGCCGUGUACUGAUCCGGAUGGAUAACGCUCUCUACAGAUGGUUUAAAUCUAUGUACUAAAAUAGCUGCAUAUAUUUUCAUAUCUGUAUUUAUCAAUGAUAUUGGUCUAUAGUUUUUAACAUCUGUUGCAUCUUUAUUUGUUUUUAGAAUUGGCAGAAUAUUAGCUUGUAGCAACUCCUUUGGCGGUUUAGCUUUUUUAGCCAUUUAAUUGAAAAGGUGGUGUUAUUUCCUUUUUCAUAAUUUUAUUAAAAAAAAUACUAAAUCCCUCCGGACCAGGGAUCUUAGAUAGUUCAAGUCUGUCAAUUUCUCUUUCCACCUCAAUCGGGGUAAACUCACGAUUAAGUUGAUCUAAAUCUAACUUAGUGAUUUUUGGAGUAUCUGUAUCUUCCAAAUACUUGUUUAUUACUUGAUAGUCUAAAGGAGUGUCAAUAUUAUAUCAUUUACUAUAGAAAUCAUUGAAUAAUAAUCCAAUUUUUUCCGGGGAAGAAUAAGUAAUUUGAUUCUCGACCAGUUUAUUAAUUCUAUUGGCUGAGUACUGUUUUUUUAAUCUUAACUUUUUAUUUGCUCGAUUACCUUGAUAGUAAGUACUAAGUCUCAGUUUGUUAAUUGUUUUUUUGAUCGUUUCUUCUGUUUUUAUAUUAAUUUGCUUUUUAAGUUCUAGAAGCGUAGUGCUAAGUUGAUUUGAUGGUUGGUCUUUAUUUAAUUUAGACACAUUAAAAUAUUGUAUGUUUAAAUCGGUCAAGUCCCUGUUUAUUGCAGUUUUGGUUUUCUUUUCUAUUUUAAUAAGGUAACCUCUAACAACUGCUUUAUAUGUCGCCCAUAGGGUAGAAUCAGAGAUAUCAGGAUUGUAAUUUUCCAGCCAGAAAAAUCUAGAUAACUUUAUUAUAGCAUCUUGAUUUAAUUUAGAUUUAAAGAGAGAAUCAUCCAUUCUCCAAGAGUUUGUACAUUUAGGUAAAGGCUUGCCUUUUUCUAGUAUUAUAGAGCUGUGGUCAGACCAAGUGUUGUCUUUAAUUUGAAUUGUGCUAAUUUCUUUAAGUGUGUUAGCAGUGACUAAACAUAAGCCUAUUCGAGAAUACGAAUUGUGGACUUUAGAAAAAUGCGUAUAAUCAUGAGAGUCUGGAUAUACUGCUCUCCAGGCGUCAUAUAAGCCGCGUGUGAAACAUAUAUUGGACAAGGUUCUAGAUUGUUUGUAUAUCUGGCUAUCAGAUCUCAGCUGUAUAUGUGUUUUUUUUUUAUCCAUGUUUGGAUCAAGAACACAGUUGAAAUCGCCUGCUAUUAACAGAGUACCUGUAGUUAUAUUUUCCAAUCUACUCAUGAUUUUUGAGAACAGUGCAGUCGGGUUAAUGUUUGGUAGACACAAUGUAUAUAUUGUGUUUUCGAUUUUACAGGCAAUUACAAUAAAUCUUCCACAGGGGUCACUGUCUAUUAAUAUUACUUCAUGUUUUAUAUUUGAAUCAAAAAUAACCACUACUCCGCAUUUUUUAUUAUUUUCGAGAGAAGCCUAAUAUAUACAUUUAUAUUUUUCUCCGCCCCAUUUUUGUGAUUCAGAUCUCAACCAAUGGGUUUCUUGAACAAAAGCUGUUUGUAUCCGAUUUGACACUAAAGCAUCAUACAGCAUCUGCUUUUUCCUCCUUAUAUUUAAGCCUUGUACAUUAAUAGACAUAAGUCUUAGCAUCUAAAUUUUGAAGUUUGAUAUAUAAUAAUAGGAUGAUAAAUACAUAAUUCAAAUGCUAGGGUAAAUAUACUCGGACUGACCAUGUCCAGUUCGCCAUAUAAACAUAAACAAAGACAGCAAAAAAGAAAACAAAAAAUGAAACAACAUCGUUUCAUCAACAUUUAACAAUAAGUUCCCCAAGGGCUAUAACCCCCUGGGAUUCCCUAAUCCUGAAACAGAUAUAGAAGAUUUGGGGGUAACUGGGAAAACUUCACAGAAAGAGGGGAUAAAAUUGGGCGGCCAAGGACUUUGGUGGAACUAUAUAUAUAAGAGGCCGGAAGGGGGGAAAGGGAGGACAUGGCAAUGCUAACAGAAUUUAUAAUUAAAUUAUAUUUACAAGUCCCUUAAAAUACCCUUGACAAUUGAGUAACAUUACUUAGUUCAGAUGGGUCAAAACAGCUAUAAUAUCCCCUUUUUAUAUCUAAUCCAUUAUCCGAACAAAGUGGCUAAUAGUCGGUAGAAAUAAAAAAAAAAUUAAAACAUUUCCUUCCCUUUUUUCUUUUCCUUUCUUUUCCUUCCCCCUUUUUUCUUUUGCACAUUAUUAUUAUUAUUAUUUUAUUAUUUAUAUAGCGCCAACAAAUUCCGUAGCGCUGUACAAUGGGUGGACUAACAGACACAUAAUUGAGAUCAGACCACUGACGUACAGGAACAGAGGGGGUUGAGGACCCUGCUUGAUGAGCUUACAUGCUAGAGGGACUGGGGUAUAGUGACACAAAGGGUUAAAGUAGGGGAAUUACAGUUUGUUACAGAAGGGUUUAUUGAGUGCUUGGUAGGCCAUUUUUGGCAGUUGCAGGAACGGAGUCAUGGGGUGGGGGAUGAGAAACCUGCUGACAGUUUAAUUGAUACGCUUUACUGAAGAAGUGAGUUUUCAAAGAUUUUUUGAAGGAGUGGAGGCUGGGUGAAAGUCUGAUUGAGGAGGGAAGGGAGUUCCACAGAAUAGGUGCAGCCCUGGAGAAGUCUUGAAGGCGAGCAUCAGAGGUGGGGAUCCGGGCAGAGGAUAGGUGUAGGGUAGGUCUUUGGCUGAGCGCAGGGGUCUUGAUGGGACAUACUUGUGUAUGAGGGAGGAUAGGUAUGUUGGAGCAGCAUUAUGUAGGGAUUUGUGAGCAAGCGCCAUAAUUUUGAAUUGGGCUCUAUAUCUAACUGGAAGCCAAUGCAGGGACUGACAGAGCGUGGAAGGUGCGACCGGACAGGAAAAUAAGCCUUGCAGCAGCAUUCAUUAUAGAUUGCAGCGGUGCCAAUUGGGAACAUGUAAGACCGAUGAGAAGGGGAUUGCAAUAGUCAAGGCGAGAGAGAACAACAGCAUGAACCAGUACCUUAGCCGCGUCCGGCGUUAGAUAUGGGCGGAUGCACGCUUUGUUCUUGAGUUGGAAGCGACAGGAUUUGGCUAUUGAUUGGACAUGGGGAGUGAAAGAAAGAUCAGAGUCAAAAAGAACCCCUAGGCAGCGAGCCUGCGAGGUAGAGGUGAUAGUAGCGCCGUUGACUUGGAUGGAGACAGACACAGGACGGAGUAGCAGUACUUGAGGGAGGAAAAACUAGAAGUUUGAGUUUAAGGAAGUGAGCAGCCAUCCAGUUGGAAAUAGCAGAGAGGCAGUCAGAAACAUGAGUCAAGGUGGGCAGAGAGAGAUCAGGGGAGGACAGGUAGAUUUGCAUGUCAUCUGCAUAUAAAUGAUAUUGGAAGCCAAAGGAGCUGAUGAGUUUACCAAGGGAGGCAGUAUAGAUAGAGAACAGUAGGGGGCCGAGGACAGAACCUUAGGGGACGCCGACAGAGAGGGGUUGGGGAGAAGAUUCAGAGCCAGAGAAAGAAACACUGAAAGAGUGCUGGGAGAGGUAGAAGGAGCACCAGGAGAGAGCAGUAUCCCGUAGACCAAAGUUACUGAGAAUGUGAAGAAGCUGUUGAUGAUCAACAGUGUCAAAGGUGGCAGAAAGAUCAAGGAGGAUUAGGAUAGAGUAUUGGGCGCGAGAUUUAGCAGCAAUUAAAUCAUUGGAUACUUUGGUCACAGCAGUUUCGACAGAGUGACCAGCGCGAAAUCCAGACUGAAGGGGGUCAAGCAGAGAGUUGGAUUCGAGAACGUCUGUCAAUCUGGCGAAGACAACUCUCUCGAGGAUGUUGGAGGCAAAUGGCAGUAGCGAGAUAGGGCGAUAGUUGGAUGGGGAGUUGGGAUCAAGGUUGGGCUAUUUCAGAAUUGGGGUUACGGUUGCAUGUUUGAAGGCAGAGGGUAAUGUGCCAGAGGAAAGGGAGAGAUUGAAAAUGUUAGCGAGAGGAAGAGCAAGAGAGGGAGACAAAGUGCGGAUGAGAUGCGAGGGAAUAGGAUCGAGGGAGCAGGUGGUCGGGCGGGAGGACAGGAGCAGAGCAGAAACCUCUUGUGCUGUAGCAGGUGCAAAUGAGCAUAGGAUGGCAGGGGGAGUGGGGUUGGGUGAUGUAUUGAUACUGGUAGGAGAGAGAUUAGAGAUCUCUUUCCUGAUUGUAGAGAUCUUCUCAGUGAAAUGAGAUGCAAAGUUUGUGGCGGACAAGGUGGUGGAAGGAGGGGGAGUCACAGGGUGAAGAAGAGCAUCAAAAGUGUGAAACAGGUGUUUGGGUUGAUGGGACAGUGUGCUUAUGAGGAUGUUGAAGUAGUUUACUUUUGCAGAGGAAAGAGCCAUGCUGUAGGAGCGCAGCAUAAAUUUAUAGUGGACAAAGUCAGAUGCAAAGUGAGACUUUCUCCAGCAGCGUUCAGCAGUUCUGGAACAUUUUUGGAGGGAACGGGUCAGCUUGGUAUGCCAGGGUUGUAGUUGGGGGCGCUUGCUGCGUUUAACUGUAGGAGGUGCCAUGAUGUCAAAUUGAGAGGAGAGAGUGGAGUUGUACAGUGAGGUUGCAGAGUUAGGGCAGUUGUGAUUUGAGAUGGGUAAAAGGAGUGUUUGAAGUUUGGUGGAGAAGUGCUGGAGAUCGAGGGAGUUGAGGUUUAGGCGAGGUUGGAGAGUUGAUGGUGGUGAAAUUUUGGUAUGGGGUAUGCAGAUGUUAAAUGUUAGCAGAUGCUGGUUAGACAAAGGAAAUGGAACAGUGGCGAGAUCAGAGGUGGUACAGAGAUUGGUGAAGAUGAGGUCAAUAGUGUUUCCGGAGGUGUGAGCUGCUGAGGAAGAAAUCUGUGUGAGUCCAAAGGAGGAGGUUACAGAGAGCAGACGAGAGGCAUCAAGGAAGUUGAGCUUGUUGAUAGGGAUAUUGAAGUCCCCAAGUAUGAGAGAGGGAGUGCUAGAGGAAAGAAAGUGGGGUAAUCAGAAGGAAAAGUGUUCAAUAAAUAGUUUAGAGUGACUGGGGGGGGGGUGAUAGAUGAUGGCAAUUCUUAAAGGAGUGGGCUUAAAAAGAUGUACAGUGUGAACUUCAAAGGAAGUAAAGGAUAGGGCAGGGGCAGGGAGGCUAGAUUGAAAGGUGCAUUGAGGGGAGAGAAGGAUGCCUACACCACCUCCUUUACAGUCGAGUCUAGGAGUAUGGGAGAACUGUAGACCACCAAAACAUAAAGAAGCAGGAGUAGCGGUAUCGGAUGGGGACAGCCAGGUCUCAGUGAGUGCCAGUAUUGUGAGUGAGUUAGAGAUGAUGAGGUCAUGUAUAGCUGUAGAUUUGAUAUUACUACAAAUGGAGCGAGCAUUCCAGAGUGCACACUGAAUUUUGGUAGAGGAGGAUAAACUUAUUUGGAGGAGGAUAAGCAGGAUGUUGAAUAACAUUUAAGUUAACAAACAUGUGAUAUUACCCCUAUUAGGACAAUUAAGUUAAAGUGAAGUGUCUCUUAUUUCUCUCUUGGUGAUCAAGUUAUCCAAUUAGCAAGAAAAAAAAAAGAAAAAAAUGUUCUUCCCCUUUUCUCCUUUCUUUUCUUUCUUUUUACACACAUGAUAUUACCCCUAUUGGGACAAUUAGGUUAACAUGAAAGUGUAUACAUCAAAAUUUUUGCAUCGCAUUGUAUCCUUAUAACUCUUAUCAAUUACACUGUAUUCGUCAACAUGUCUGUGAAAUUAAAAUAAGUGAAGUGCCUCUUAUUUCUCUCUUAAACAAGUUUUCUAGUUAACAAGGAAAAAAAAAAAAGUGACAGUAUACACUAAAAUUAUUAAUUGACUUAUAUUUAUAACUCCCAACUAAUUGGGUAACAUUGCUUAAAUCAAGUGAAUAGAAUAUCUAUUCUUGUCUGUUUUUGUGUCUAAUCCCUUAUCACAUGUGAUAAUGCACCUUUUACAACAAUUUGUUUUAACUUAGAGAAUGCAUUCAUCAAAAAUGUAUCAUCGUGUUAUGAUCUCAUAGCUAUUCUUAAUUCCGCUAUAUUCAUCAUUGUGUCUCGAAGAAAAAAAAAAGUGCUAUAUGCAAAAAUUGUUAAUUGAAUUGUAUUUAUAAAUCCCAAUUAAUUGGGCAACAUUACUUAUUUCAAGUGGACAAAAUAUCUAUUCCCUUCCGUUUUUAAUUCUAUUCCCUUAUCACAUGUGAUAUUACACCUAUUACAACCUUUAGGUUAACUUAAAAAAUGCAUACAUCAAAAAUGUAUCAUCAUAUUGUGUUCUCGUAACUUUAUCAAUUCCAUUAUAUUCAUCGUUGUGUCCGAAAAAAACAAAAGAAAAAACCACAAGACAUAAAACACACCAUAUAUAUAUUGACUAAGAAAAAAAACAUAUAAUAAUACCUCUCUUCCCCCCAACCCCCAAAACCGACCCCAGUCCCCUAGGAAACUAAAUCAGUGACUUAUUCUGUAGGCACGCCUUAAGCUUGUCAGGGUGGUCAAAAGUCUCUAUGUUUCCAUCUAUUUGUAUAAUCAUUAUCGUUGGAAAGCUCCAUCUGAAUCUAAUAUUGUGGCUCUUAAGAAUAUUAAUUUCUGGCAUAAACAUUCUUCUUUUUUUUCUGGUGUUGAAGGAUAAAUCUGGUAGUACUAUGAUGUUUGAAUACGGCCCAUCCUUAAUGACUUUAUCUCUAUUAGCUUUUAGGACUUUCUCCUUAAAUUCGUAUGAAUGAAAACAAGUGAUUAUGUCUCUGGGAAUAUCAAGGGCUAUAUUUGUUGGUUUGUUUAAUCUGUGACAUCUGUCGAUUUUUUCAUUAUAGCCAUCUAGUUUUAAUCCCAGAGCUUUGAAAUAAUCAUACAGAAUAUUUUGUAAAUCUUCUUGCUUAUGAGUGUCCUUAAAGUUGCGGAACCUAAGAUUUUUCCUGUGCGAUCUGUCUUCAAGGUCUUCUAUUUUAUUUUCAAGAUUGCAAAUUUUUGAUGUUAAUGUGUUAACUACUUCAUUUAAUGCAGUUAUCUGGAAAUCAGUGUUCUUCCAUAUCCUGAAAUUUAUCCAUUAGUUUAACUAUUUCACCUUUUAUUUCUAACCGCAUUUCUGUGGAAUUUAUUGAAAUUUCCUUUUUUAUUGCUUCAAAAAUAGAUUGUAGACUUGCAUUCAAUGUUUUAAUAGUAACUUCUUCAUUAGCCUUAUCUUUGCUAGUUUCCAUAGUAGAUAAAUCUUGAUUUGAUAAUGAUAGUCGAGAUGUAUUGCUUUUAGGAUCUUUAGAUUGUGGGGAAAAAUAUACUGCGAGAUUUUGUUCUUGUUUAGUCUCUCUUUUAUCACGUUUAGAAGAGGGCUUAGAUUCUAAGGCUAUUUUUUUAGAAGCCAUUGGAAGAUGUAUGAAGGUACUAUAGAGGUAGGAAUAGUUUAAGUUUUAUAGGUUUUACUCUUUAAGUCUUCUUUGGGAGAGAAAAAGGACUCUUUUAUAAACUUUUCUUUCUUUCUGUUUUUUUCUUUCCUUUUACCUUUUUCUUUUAAUUUUUUCUUUUUCUUUCCUUUUCCUUUCAUUCCUCUUUCCCCCCUGUCUUUUCACUUUCUUCUUCAUCUCCCCUUACUCCCCCCCUAUUUUUCUUCCCUUUUUCCUUCCCCCCUUUUUCUUAUUUUAUUCCCUUUUUUUUUCUUUUUUUUUCCUAUUUAUUUUUCUCUUUCCCCUUUUUAACUAGUUAAUCACAGUUCUUUUUUUUGGGUAGUAAAUGCCCCAAUCAAACGAAGUAAUGCAAAAAAAAAAGAAGCAAUCUUAUCUGUUUAAGGCGUUUGAAGGCGUCUCAGUCAACGUUGCUGGGUAGGAGAUUGAAUCAGUCACAAUGAUUAUUAAACGUGGAUCUUAUUAAACCGCUUAAUAACCUGUUUAAACAGGUAUCCGAGUGGUGAGUGGACAAUCCUCCAGCGCCGCAAAGACCACCGAGCGCUGGAUGAUCCAAGCGCCACUCCCAGGAAGCCACAGCGCGACAUGCGCCCACUUGAACCCAGACGUAUAAGCACGAAUCUGCCCCAGAUCUGUGUAGCCAGCAAGUCAGGAUAGUAGAAUCAGGGGAGCAAUUUAGAUGGUGUGCUAAGUUUUCGGCGUGCACUGUCCAAUAUUCACCAGCCUCAAACCGCCAUCAUCUUCCCCUCCUCUCAGCGCUCGUGGCAUCUUACGUCAUGCGUCCACCAGCACUCCGCCCCUUCGCAAGCCCCCCUCUUCUAACUGGUUGAUCUUGUUUUUCAAUCGUUCCAUUGUGUUGCAUAGCUCUUGUUUCCAAUAUAACGCUAUUCAAUUUAUUGCCGCCGUAAUAGGUAUGGUUGCCAAUUGCCUACUUUUUUAUGUAGGUAUUGUAGGAAUAAUAGGAAUACGUAUAUGAGGGCUGAUCCCAUGACACCCUUAACUUUUAGUGCCGAAAUUACCCUGUCAACUCCUUUCCAUAAAGGUUGAAUAACCGCACAAUCCCACCUUAUGUGGAUCAUGGUUGCUUCCGCAGUGCCACAUCUCCAGCAUUUGGCUGAUAAUCAGGGAUACAGUUUGCUUGGUGUCAAAUACCACUGGUAAACUAGUUUUUUGUGGGCCUCUAGAUGGGAGUAGAAUUUUGUGAUGCCAUUUAAGGCAUUAAGAGUCAAUAGUCAUUUUCUGCCAGAUGGGGCAGUGUUGAGCAUGCCGACCAUUGUGUUACGUAAGUGUGUUGUUUUUCAGGAAUGCUGUCCAAUAAUUAAUUUUUUAAAGAAGAACAGGGGUCCAUGAAUCCUAAAUAUCCCAAGUAACACUAAAGGUUAACAAAAAAAAUAUCUAUAGGUAGAAUCCGGGUCCAGUUGGGUACCGCCCUUCAACCCCAGACUUGGGUUAAAAAAGCAAAUAUCCCCCCAGGAAACCCGAAGUCAAAAAAGGAAGUCACCGGGUUGUACUGGUACACAGGGGGUAACCCUAAUAGAAAUUGUAAAGACAAAAAAAAAAAAUGAAAAUACUAAUUCACCAACACAAAUGCCCAAAUGGGUAUUGUGCCAGGAAAAAGACGUACAACCCUGUAAGAAUGUGCUUAAUGACUAAAAAAGAUAUUUACAGCAUGAUUUAUUAAUAAAGCUAAAACACUUAGUCUCCUACCUAAUAGGUACUCAAGUGGGGUGGGUAUAAAUGCCCAUAUCAAAGCUAAAGGUAACUAUCAGGGAUAAUCCAAAAAAGAAAACUACAAUAGAGGUAUAAUGCCUAGUCUGAGUAGGUAAAGAGGGUGUCAAAAAAGACACAUAAUAGGUAUCUGGCAGGUAUAAAAGCACUCCAUCUAUACACUACACAACCAUAGGUAAUCUAAAGACCUCUCUAUCCAUUACUACAUACUGACCACUAAGUGCUACCUUAGAGGAAUCCCUGUUACCUCAGCAUAGCAUAAAGCUAAUGCCUACCAACACUGCUAGUCCUAUAGAGGGACUAAAUAAACGAACAAGUGCUACUAACACCCACAACCCAAGUGCAUGAUGAGAAGAUUAAAAUAAAAAAGGAAAGGGGGCGUGUCCGGAACUCAAGCCGUAUGGCCGCAGACUGAGGGAGCUCCGACGGCAGGGCUCACCAACCGAGCAAUAAGCGGCAGAAAAAAGGCACAAUAACGGGAUAAAUCCAUCCCAGAGAUGUCCCAGCACCGGGGGAAAAAAGCGGCGGAACCCAAAGAGAAGGCAGCAUUCUUCGCGGCCCGCACACCGCAAGCAAAACCAGCGGGUCGGAUCCAAGAUGGCGCCGAAACUGAGUCUGACAGUGAUCAGGCAGCAGGUACAGAUUUAAACAAACACACCCUGCAGCACAUGCUAGACAAGUUAGCAGGGAAAAUGCAGAGCACAUUUCACACAGCAAUAACAGAGCUGAGGAAGGACAUACUGGAACUAGGCAGCAGAACUUCACAUUUGGAAGGCAGGAUGGAGGAAUUUGCCACUGCACAUGAUUCUCUGGCAGAUAAAAUGGAGGACCUAGAAAAUAGAUUGGAGCGCUAUGAAAAUAAAAUCAUGGAUAUGGAGGACCGCUCCCGUCGCAAUAAUUUAAGGCUGAGGGGCAUACCGGAAGAAAUACACCAACAGGACCUAACAGCCUAGGCUACAGAGUUCUUUUGCUCCAUGCUGCCUGACAUUCCGUCAGAUAUGCUGAUCCUAGAUAGGAUACACAGAGUAGCAAAGCCUGUUCACUUACCUCCCUCAACUCCACGUGAUGUCCUCAUGAGAGUACACUAUUUCCACAUAAAAAAGCAGAUCCUGAAAACUCACCGCACCAACAGAAGCAUCCCAGAAAAGUUUAAAGAUAUCAGCAUCUAUACAGAUUUAUCGGCAGAAACACUAAGGAGGCGCAGGACGUACCGAAACAUCACGGAGACACUUCGCCAACGCAACCUCCAUUACCGCUGGGGAUACCCGGUAAAGUUGCUUAUUAACAAGGACAGUAAAACGCACGUGAGCUCAUCCACCGUAGAGGGCAUCGACCUUCUCCAGUCGCGGGGCAUUACAGUGAACAACGCCCAUGGCGCGGGCCAACCUCGAAGCAGCAAGCUACAAGGAGAAUGGAAAGCAGUCAGAGCGAGGCGGACCACCCUGCUCACCGAGCACUGAAGCACCAGAGACAUUCGCUGAUUGUCGUCUGACGACAAAGGUUUGGGGUGCGGGGGGGGGGGUGGGGUGAGGGGACAACAGAAGGAGACUAUAGAGAAGCAUAUGGCAAAUUCUGGGACGGGUGACACUCCACAUCGCCCCUGCUCAGGAUAUCCCCUAAAAUGACCCACAGACAGAUGUUACAACAUUCCCUGCCCCCCCCCAUUGGAUGACGAAGGGUCCAAACAUUAUCAGGGCAAACCACAUGUUAGUCGACUCGCACUAAUAAAAAAAAAAAAAUUCUGAGAAACAACCCCCCCCCCACUCCAGCUCCUACGAGAGAAAAGUUAAUUACCAAUUAAGUGCCUAUUCCCAAAGUGCCCAGCCGUAUGUCUAGAUCCCGCCUCUGGACCAUACAGGGCUAGACCCGACCACCUACCCCCAACUCUAGAAGGUCGACUACACGACCUUCAGCAGGAAGACCUGAACACCUCAAAAGUGGUGUUCAACUACAGUUUAAGGUUUAAAAUGUUUAAGUUAUGUUUAAUUGUUGUAUGUCAUCAAACAGACCGCACCACUGCAACACACCAAUGCCACAUGUCAAUGCUCAAACAGCAGCAUUACACAAGUGAGUGGCACCCCCAACCGCACCAAGGUCCUAAGCCCCAGAGCUCGUAGAUCUGCCAUCACUCCUUUGCUUGAAGCACCAUCCACCACACACACGGACUACCGCACAUGCAUGGGCCCGUACGGAGCCACAACACAAGCUACACAGGUAAAACGCAAAUAGUAUGAAAAUAUACACCCACAAUGUUAGAGGGUUAAACACCCCGCAAAAAAGACACACACUCCUUAAAGAGCUCAAGGGCAACCAAGCUGAUGUGAUAUUUUUACAAGAGACACACUUCUCUGCGGAUGCAUCUCCCACUCUGGGGAAGACAAUGUUUCCACAGCAAUAUCAUGCCACAGCACGCACAAAACGGAAGGGAGUCUCUAUCCUCCUCAGCCGCCACUUAGCCUUUGAGGAAAUUCUGGUAAAAAAGGACCCGCUAGGCUGGUACAUUAUAUUGAUCUUCACUAUCAACAAUUCCACCUACACCAUAGUCAACACAUACAUCCCAAACGUAAACCAGGGAACAUACCUCAGUAAACUACUAAAACUCAUAACACAACUACAAUCAGGCACCACAAUCAUUUGUGGGGACCUAAACCAGUUUCAAGACCACACGCUAGACUCAUCAGCGACACACACAACCAAGAGAGCAAAACUACUGCACAGACAGUGCAAAGCCUUAACCAAGCUCCUAAACACAUAUGGACUAUACGACGCCUGGCGUACAUUGCACCCACAAGGGAGGGAGUAUACACACUAUUCCCAGGUACACAACACGUACUCAAGAAUCGACGGGUUCUUGCUACAAAGCGCACAUAUAUAUAGGGUAAUAGAUUGUGUGAUAGGCUCAACCCGGUGACACUCCACUUGGCAGACCACUACAACUAUAAGAACAGGGGCCCAUGGAGAUUAAAUGAACAUCUUCUUACAGACCCCCAAUUUGUUCAAAUGCUAGAACAGGACCUACACAUGUACUUCCAAGUUAAUGAAACACAGGACAUAAACGCCCUUACACUAUGGAUGGCCCACAAACCGGUCAUUAGAGGUAUUCUUAUUAAGCGAGCCUCUCACCUCAAAAAACAACAGAACCUCACAUAUGCCCAAAAUCUCAAAAAAUUGCAAGACCUACACAGAGACAAUAUACUCUCCCCCUCCGCAUACACGCAAACACAGAUAAAAGACUUGCAAAAUCAGAUAAACGUGGCAAAUUUCCAGAAAGCGAGUUUUGCAUUAAAAAGACUGAAAGCCAACAAAUUCGUCCUAGGAAACCAAGCGAGCAAAGCCCUGGCACAGAGACUCAGAGAUAAACAAACAAGAAUACCCCACCUGCUUACACCACAAGGGCAAAAAUUGACACAACCCAUACAAAUUUGCAAUGAGUUUGCGUCUUACUACAGUACCUUAUACAACCCCCAGGUACACCAACCCACGCAAAAAUCGAUCUCGGACUAUAUGCGCAGAUUUGACUUGCCCAAACUACACGAACAACAAAUAGCGCAUCUAACAAACCCCAUUACAACUCAAGAAGUAUUACAACAAAUAGAACGGAUGCCGAGGGGUAAGGCACCAGGCCCAGACGGCCUCACUAACCUUUACUACAACACGUUUAAACACAUCUUGAGCCCAUACAUAACGCAAGCCUUUAAUUUGGCUAUGAAACAGGGUAGCCUACCGACUGAAUUUCUCGCAGCUCACAUUAUCACCCUACCCAAACCGGGUAAACCACCCACGGUAUGACCAAAUUUCAGACCCAUUUCCCUGCUGAGCGCAGAUGCCAAAUUAUACGCCAAAAUAUAUGCGGAAAGGCUCAAAACAAUCCUGCCUGACCUGAUCUCAACGGACCAAGUGGGAUUUGUGUCCGGCAGACAGGGCCCAGACAACUCGAGGAAAGUGUUAAACAUCCUCCACUACCUCAAUAGCUCCAAAAUACAAGGUACACUUCUAUCCCUAGAUGCUGAAAAAGCAUUUGAUCGGCUUAACUGGCAAUUCCUGCAAGAAGCGCUCACCGGGUAUGGCUUCCCCCCUACCUUCCUUAACAUAGUGAAGGCACUAUACAGCACACCCUCAGCGACAGUGUUGAAUUCAGGGUUCAGCUCCACCCCACUAACAAUCACUAAUGGCACCCGGCAGGGCUGCCCGCUUUCCCCAUUACUCUAUGUGUUGGCCCUGGAACCACUAGCCAUAGCGAUCCGAAACAAUCACGACAUUAAGGGGAUCUCCAUAGGUGGCAAGGAAUAUAAAUUAAACCUAUUUGCGGAUGAUAUCCUUCUCACGCUAUCUAACCCAGCAAUCUCCCUCCCAGACCUCCACAGAGAAAUACAGGAUUACAGUAGGCAAUCAUACUACCAGUUAAACCUAGCCAAAACCCAAGCCAUGUGCAUAAACAUCCCCAAGACGGACGAGGAGAGGUACCGACUCAAAUUCCAAUAUGACUGAAGGAAUGACUUCUUGACUUUUCCUAGGCAUCAAACUCACCAAAAGACACACCGAUCUCUACGAAGCACAAUUACAUUAAACUAUUCAAGAAGUGGACCGCACACUAAACUCUUUCCUGGUUAGGCAGAAUAGCGGCCAUCAAAAUGACAAUCUUGCCAAAAAUCCUCUAUCUGUUCCGUUCUUUACAAAUACCCUUACCGCAGUCGUUCCUACUCAGACUCCAGUCUGAUUAAAUUCAGUUGGGGAGGAAGACACCCAAGGGUCCCAAGAACUUUGCUCAUGAAAUCGGUAGACAAAGGAGGCCUGGGUCUCCCGAACCUUAAGGCGUACCACCAUGCCGCACAAAUGGCGAAUAUCCUUGCGAUGCACUCCACUACAUACACUCCCCAAUGGAUUGAGAUAGAGGCUAGCUGCAGCGGAGUUGCGGAUCUCCCUGUGGCCCUGUGGAUACCCAAACACUUGCGCCGCACACCACCAAACGCCCUACCCACAACUAAACUUCUGUACCGCAUAUGGGACAGUCACAGGUCCAAACUAUGCUCCACAGUUCCAUGGUCUAGGGCAACGCCACUACGCUCAAUAAAUCUCUGUAACAACACAUUCCCUUAUAGAACAUGGAAUACCACUUGCACCAGAUAAGCUCCCCGCAAGGACUACACCAGAUGACAGAUAUCCAAGCCACAUACGACGUACCACCACAACUCACGUUUUCAUACUGGCAGAUGAAAGCACUCAUAGGCCAAACCACACAGCAAGGCCCCUCACUACCAUCACCCAUCACCCUAACUCCUUUCGAAAAGAUGUGCAUACACCAAAUCCCAACUAAAAAGACACUGUCUGUGUGCUACAAAUCAAUCACUGAGAGUGAAACUGAGACGGAGAGGAGAUAUCAGACCGAGUGGCAUAGGGACAUAGGCAGGUCACUCACACAGGACGACUGGCACUGCAUACACACAAACCACAAGGGCCUCACAACAUGCGCCUCCCACAUUGAGACCUCGCGCAAAUUAAUAUACAGAUGGUACAUGGUACCUGCACGGCUCAAGAAAAUAUACUCAGACACAAGUGACAGAUGCUGGAGAUGUCAGACACAGGAAGGGACUAUGAUCCACAUCUGGUGGACAUGUACACUAGUCCAACCAUACUGGAAGCAAAUAGCGGAACUAAUUCAGGGGGCCACAGGGUGCAUAUUAGACCACAAUGCAGAAACAUUCUUACUCCAACUCAUACCCAAAGGCAUGCCACAAUGCAUUACCAAACUAACAUUCCUAAUAUUAACGGCAGCCUCCUCAUCACUAGCGAAACAAUGGAAAUCCGCAAAGAUCCCAUCCCCAGCUGAGGUAACAACAAUGGUUUCGACAACACUAGAAUAUGAAGGAAUGAUGUGGAAACAAACAAAAAGUGGAAAAGGUAGCGCCACAGCGAAAACACUCUGGGCCACAUACAUAGCAGGCCGUGACCUUAGCAACUAACAAGGGGCCACGAACAGGACAGAACAGACACAAAUAAACGCCACAAACCAAACCAACAAAGACAUACAAGUUAAUUAGUUAUCCCAGUUACCCCCCCCGAAACUCUUUCCGUCAGGUAGACAAUAGGAGCAAGUCCACCCCGCCAACACAGGCACCGGUGGACACAAAUUAAAAACUGAGCUAGCUUUCUACCACCCCCCUUCCCCCCCCCCUCCCCCAAGAGAGAACCGGGACCACACGGGCCCCUCGUAGGGAUCAGAACGGGAAACGAGGUACACUAAGGGGCGCUAAGCCCCAGGGAACACUCAGGGAGAUACUGAACCUGCUCUUAAUGGUUUAGGGGAUGGGGUGGCACGAGGGACGGAGGGGAAGAUACUCCGCACACACGAGAUAUGACCUGACCCGAAUAUAAGAGCCACGGCAAGGGACUGCCACAUGAUACCUAAAUCGAGACAACAUAGCAAUAGAGGUCAACAGAGAGGACCCUUGACGGGCCCCAUGAACGACAGUUAGCGGUCUGCCUUGGCACACCAUUUAACCCCCACUACCCAAACAACAAGAUAACACACAACAGAGUAUCAGAAUUACCUGUUUGCUGCGAAGGAACAUCGCUCAAAUGUAAUAUCAUGUGUGUUAAUGUAAACGAAAUAUGUUAAUGGAAAACAAGCGCUGUAUAACUGCAAUUUCAAGGUUACAACCUUCCCCCCCCUCCCCUCUUUAUUUCUGUACCCCUACCCUCUUAUCCUCUUAUACUCGACAAAAUAAAAAUUGUCAAAUUAAAAAAAAAAAAAAGGAAAAGCCCGAUGCGCGUUUCGGCGUAUCAAGACGCCGUCGUCAGGGGCAAAUACUUAUUUGCCCCUGACGACGGCGUCUUGAUACGCCAAAACCUAUGGUUGUGUAGUGUAUAGAUGGAGUGCUUUUAUACCUGCCAGAUACCUAUUAUGUGUCUUUUUUGACACCCUCUUUACCUACUCAGAAUAGGCAUUAUACCUCUAUUGUAGUUUUCCUUUUUGGAUUAUCCCUGAUAGUUACCUUUAGCUUUGAUAUGGGCAUUUAUACCCACCCCACUUGAGUACCUAUUAGGUAGGAGACUAAGUGUUUUAGCUUUAUUAAUAAAUCAUGCUGUAAAUAUCUUUUUUAGUCAUUAAGCACAUUCUUACAGGGUUGUAAAUCUUUUUCCUGGCACAAUACCCAUUUGGGCAUUUGUGUUGGUGAAUUAGUAUUUUCCUUUUUUUUUUGUUUGUCUUAACAAAAAAAAUAUCCAUCCCCCAUAGUGUUCUUUUAAACUUUUUAACAGGAGAAAUUAUUAAGCCUCCUUUGCUAAUGCAUUUCCCCUGACUUCUUUUUAUCUGUUUCCAGCUGUACAAUGCAGUGGGAUUCGUCCAAUAUCUCCCCCUACCACACCGGAGAAUGUUUAGAAAUGUAAAGACUGUUUAUGCAUUCCUUGGAGAUGUCUUGGAGGAACACAGAAGAACGAGGGUAGUCGGAGAGCCCAGAGACUACAUAGACUGUUAUCUGGAAGAAUUGGACAAGGUAUUAUAUACAUAUACAGGGCACACAAUUUGCAUUAAUCUCUAGACAAGGGAGAGUGAACAUUUUGUCCCGGUGUAUGUGACAUGUACCAUCCAGGUUUGCAGUGACUAGUAACGUUUAAGGCCUGACUAAUGGUUUAUAACGUAAAAAUCUUAAGCCAGGUUUUAAAAGUUACUAGUCACUGCAUAUAUAUAAUAUUUUAUAAUGUUAUACAAAGUUGUAAAGUACACUGCCUUGUCAAGAUAAAAAGAAAGCACUGAAAGUAACUGAAAUGUGACAUGGUCCAAAAAAGGUUAGAAACCACUACCCUACCUAGACUAUUACAUUCUUCAAAUAUUUCUUCUUAAUAUGUUAUUUGGUAUAUUUUGGAAUGCAGCAGACUGAUUCAGUUUUAACUCGAUUUCUGUUUAGGAGAGAAAGGAAAGUAACAAUAAACAGACAUUUGACAAUCAGAAUCUCUUUGCUUGCGUAGUGGAUCUGUUUGUGGCUGGGACGGAUACCACAUCUGCCAGCCUGCAAUGGGCUCUGCUGUAUAUGAUGACUUAUCCAGAUAUUCAAGGUAUACCCUAUUCAUUUUGCAAUUGAGUUAAAAUUUGAUGCUUUUUAGAACGUUACUGAUGACAUUAAUUCAUUUCUAUGUAAAUUUAAUGUUUCAGAAAAGUGUCGCAAUGAAAUAGACAAAGUUCGGGGAGACAGAGCCCAGCUUGAUUAUGGCGAUCGAGUGAGCAUGCCAUACACACAAGCUGUCCUUCAAGAAGUACAGCGUUUUAUAACCAUUGUACCACUUGGCGUAGCUCAUACAUCACAAACUGAUAUAGAAUUGAAUGGAUUUUCUAUCCCAAAGGUUAGUAAUAAAACAUUGCUGCUGAUGAGGGUAUUAAUAAACAAACACAUUGUUUGUUAACCCAUUCACUGUCAUUGGUUUCAUAUUCCAUUGCAUUGCAAAGUGAAAUAUAUUACAAUAAAUCCACUUUGCCUCCACUCCAGUAAUGGUCUUCACAAGUUUAAAAAUCCCAUUUCUGAGCUAUUUCUAUCCAUCUUUUUAAAAUAAAUCACCCCUUAGUCCUCCAUUGCAUUGAAGCUGCAAGGUCAAAGUAUACAAGUAUCCUGAACAGCAUCUGAGUGUGGGAUGAGAAUGGAUUAAUCGGAAGGAAUUUGUACAUUUAUUCAGUGACCAACGUAUAUUUCUGUUUUAUGUUUCUUUUUUCCAAUUAGGGAACUUUCAUUAUAACUGAUCUAUCUUCAUUGCACCGCGAUGAGACUUACUGGAAAUAUCCACAUGAGUUUAAUCCAAAGAACUUCUUGAACGACGAUGGGGAGCUACUGAAAGCAGAAUCUUUCUUACCUUUCUCUGCAGGUAAAUUACUGAGUCACAGGUUGACUAUGUGCAAAAGUCUUUUCCAGAUAUGGCUGUGAUAAAUGGAAUUUCAGUGUACACCUUCUGUUUUCAUCCCUGGUUUUCUGAUCUUGUGACAUGAUUAAUAAUCCAGUCAUGCUAGUUAAGGAAGAUAACAAAGCAUUUAUUGAUCCAAGAACAUAACAGAGCUCUUAUUUGUGGGCUUGGCCUGCAAUGUAAAACCUAUAGUCAGUGGCGUCUCUAGGAUUCAUUUUUGAGGGGGCACAUGGUGGGCAAGGGACAAAGGUAGGGGGGCGCAUUUAACCCCACCCUCACCGCAGUUUGACCCCUCCCCUGCCGCAUGUUAAGCCCCACCCCCGACCCUAUGUGUUUUUUUUUUUUUUAUAAUCCCUGGUGGAGAAUUCAUUAUUUUCCACCAAGGAUUGUUAAAAAACAAACACAUUUCCCUUGAUACAGUCCUUACACACACAGAGACUGCUGAGUCCAUACACACACAGACUGCUGAGUCCAUACACACAUACAGACUGCUAAGUCCAUACACACAGCAUGCUGAGUCCAUACACACACACAGACUGCUGAGUCCAUACACACACACACACAGACUGCUGAAUCCAUACACACAUACAAACUGCUGAAUCCAUACACACACACUGCUGAGUCCAUACACACACACUGCUGAGUCCACACACACACACGCACACACACACUGCUGAGUCCAUACACACACACUGCUAAGUCCAUACACACAUACAAACUGCUGAGUCCAUACACACAGACAGACUGCUGAGUCCAUACACACACACACAGCUGAGUCCAUACACACAUACAGACUGCUGAGUCCAUACACACACACACACACAGACACAAGCUUCCUCACUAGCAGACAGACACAGACACACACACACCUGAGCAUAUCAAGCCUAGCUGUCACUGGAGCCUGUUGCUGGGGGUCAGACAGCCAUCUUCUUGCCUUUCCAGCAGCAGCAUGGUCUGCUGCUUAAAGGCAGGGGAGGGGCUUAUGUGCGGGAGGCAGGGCUUAAAUUAGGGGAGGUGCCUGUGCCGGGUAUAGCUGCUGAAAUCACCCAGCACCGUUCCAGACCCUCUGUCCUGCAUUCCCUCGGGCUGUCACACACUGUUACAGUCCGAGGGAAUAGAAUGUAAGCACAUGGCCAGCAAGUUGCUGGCUUUUGGGGGGGGCACAAGGGGUGGCACAGCAUGAUGUAGGGGGCCAUGGCCCCCUCUGGCCCCUCUCCUAGCGCCGCCACUGCCUAUAGUAUACGGUCUGAGAUGUACCAAGGCCUCCAGUUAAGGUAGGCCUGAAGAGGGCCAACCAGAGUAGAUAAUUGGUAGGCCUAUUGAUGGGAGGGACCUGUGUGACGGAACACAAAUAUGGGGUGCAUAAAUGUUAGGGUUGUAGACAGGGACCUAAAAAAAAAGCCCUUCUUUCUGAAUUACCAUAUCAACAGUAGAUAAAAGAUUAGGACAUUCCAGUCCCCCGGACCAAACGGUAAUCAACCCUGUAUGAAAACCUUCUGAGAAGCCCCUUAACAAGGAAAGUUGCAAUAUUCUGAAGUGUAGUUACCCAGCAAUUCAGGCAAGGCAUACAAACUAAUUUGUGCUAGUCAUAAAUUAGCAUGGUUAUUUAACCAGACACAGAACAUUAAUGGGCUCUUGGACAGUUGGUAUAGACUUCCUGCCUAUGUGGGUGUUCUCAGAGGGAGGGUUUUUUCACCUGUUAUGAAGGUGUUAUUAUUAUGCCCACAAAUACAGGCCGAUGUACUUUAUACUUCCCAGGAAAGCUGAACAUUCCUAGCAUAAUUUACUGCGCAUAUGAGCCAUUUUAUUGUAUAUGUUCAUGAGUAAAUUGUGGUAUCGUGUAUGAUACAUAUGAAUGUGGGCUGUACAUGAGGGCUGCUUGUGGAAUUGUGUGUGUGGAUUGAUAUGUCAUAUUGUGUGUUUGGUAGUGUCUGGGGGCUGUUUGGGGUAUUGCAUAUGAGAGGCUGCAUGUGGGAUUGUGUGCAUGUAUAUGGAUUGUUAGCGAGUUACGUUUGUGCGGAUUGUAUGUAUGUUUGUUUGUGGGCUGUUCGUAUUAUUUGUAUGAGGGGAGGGUUAUUCUGCAGCUCUGUGUAUAUCUAGCAGUGUGGGAGCCUUCACUGGGUUCCAGUGGGGACCAGGCUGGCCAGGUACAGGUCAAGGACAGAAGCUGCAACAGCAGCUGCAGGCUUCUCUACUUCAGUGUGGAUUCCCAUUCACAAGUGCUGGGAGGAACUGAUCUGAGAUCACUUCCUCUACGCUCUGCAAUGCAUAAAUUGAGGAUUGUCCUUCACCACCUUUUCGUAUUAGCAGAUAUCUAAAGUUUCACUUAGACUCCUGAUAGGCCAGAGCCUGUUUGGCUCUAGCAGCCUUGAGUGCCGUGGAAAGACACCUCGAGUGCCCUGCAUGGCACUAGUAGCUUAGGUUGUCUACCCCUGGCCUAGUCCAUUGGUUCUACUCAAUAAAGGUCCAGAGAGAGACAGUUCCAAUUUUCCCACUUUAUUUUGUUAAAGAAAGUUUUGCAUUUCAAAGUUAUUUUGCAAUUUCGCCAUCCUAGAGAUAAACCUAUUUGCACUGGUAUUUAUUGAAAGAAUUAAUAGGUUGCAUACUCAGUAAGACUAUGCAAAUUAGCUUGACUAGCUAACACCUGGUCCCACUUAGUGCAAGAUUUAUACUCAUAUUUACUUUUACUUUCUUUUUAUUUUACACCAGGAAACCUAUAUGAAACUGUUAUGUCGCCUAAAUACCUAAUUAUGUUACAGAUGCUAUUGUUGUUGUGUCACACCUGUCUCAAAAAUGUUUGUUUUACUUAUUUAUUUUUUUUCCCAACUAGCAGAUAUAGCAUUUAUUUUUUACAAUUGCAUUUAUGCAGGAACAAACCUUAGAACUUCAAAGUGCUAAAUUAAUAAGAGACAAAUAUUUAAGUUUACAUAUGUAGUUUAAGUUGAAAAAUGAUGAGCAUUGUUUAGAACGUCUAGCCCAUUGUUCCAUUCUGAUCACUAUGUAACAUCUCUUCUUAGGUCCGCGAAGUUGCCUUGGGGAAAAUCUUGCUCGUAUGGAAAUAUUCCUAUUUUUUACCACUCUCCUGACACACUUCGAAUUCCACUGGCCAGACCCAAAAUCACCUCCAGAUCUCACACCAGUGUUUGGGAUCUCCCAGUCCCCGAAACGCUUUAAGAUGCGCCUAGUAUCACGUAACUAAAUCUGAUCAUAAAAAAGAAGAUGGAUGAAUACGCACAACCAAAAACAUGCAUUUCUCCCAACAAAUCAGAGUGGAAAAUUUUAACUUUGGGAAAAAUAGAGCACACAGAACCAAUCACUACUUAAUACUGUCAUAUUUCUAUCUUAUAAUAUUGUCAUUUUAUUUGACAUGGGGCAUUGGACUGCUCUGUGCACACAGUCAUGUUUCCCACCUAAUCUAGACUUGUAGGUUAUUAGAUCCUGCAAAAUGUGUUCUUUAUAGGAUUUGGAAAAAAAGUAUAAAACCUGAAAUUUGCUCCAUUGGCGGCAUUAGUUCAAGACUUGAUGAAAUGCCUAUACAACAUGUAACAUCAGAGGAAAAGGGGAAUAGUAACAACGGGCUCCAAACCAAAUGCCACAUUUAAACAAGAUUCAUUGAUUUUUUUUAACAAAGGAAACUUCUUUAAUGUUUGCCUAAUUUCUUUGCAAUCUAUUUAAAGCUUUAUUACCACAUUGGCCAAUGAUAAAUCUUCUACCACUAGAGACGUCAUUUUGAAGUGUAUACACCUCAAUGUCAAAAUGACCAUCAUGUCAACAGUACAAUGAUCAUCUCUGUACCUGUAACAGGCUUGUACUGUAACCUUUUAAAUCUGCAGAUUACCAGAGAUGGAACACUUUUAACUUACCAAGCUAGAUGCAGACCAACCAAUAAUCCUUGUAACCACCGAUAAAAAAAAGAAAAUGUAAUUCAUUCCAGUUGGAGGAAAAGGAGACAUCCCCCUUAUCCCUCCUCCUUAUGUCAACUGAAAUUGUAUGAUUUUGUUUAGCUUUACUCGUUGCUGACAUUUAGGGUGAAUAAGAACUUGAAACAUGCUUUAUAUUUUUUUCUCAUAUCCUAUUGUGAUUCUCGAGAUUGUCAUUUUUUACCUUUAAAUCUUGUACAUUGUAACUAUAUGUUAUAUAUAUAUAUAUACUAUUCUUUUGGUAUGCUAUGUGUAUCUGAUUCGACAUUUAUCCAUAAGGAGUUUAAUAACAAAAUGUAUAGUUCUGCUUCUCAGUAUGAUUACUACCUAUGUUUGUUAUACAAUAAAAUAUAUACAUCUAAAAAGUAACAUAA